AUGUCAGUGGUGCUGCGGUUCUGUGUGGACCAGCUCUUAAGUACCCUGAUGUGGCCAGUGGCAGCUUCCAGUGAGCUGCUGUCCUCCGGUUAUAUAGAGAGGCACAUUGAACACGGAGGCAAGGCCGUGGAAAACAAAGGAGGAGAACACUGUUACUACCAGGGCCAGAUCCGAGGAAACCCUGACUCAUUUGUUGCCCUGUCCACAUGCCAUGGACUCCAUGGGAUGUUCUAUGAUGGGAACCACACAUAUCUCAUUGAGCCAGAAGAAAAUGAGACCUCCCAAGAGGAGUCUCAUUUUCACUCGGUUUACAAAUCCAGACUGUUUGAAUUCCCCUGGGACGACCUUCCAGCUGAAUUUCAACGAGUAAAUAUUACUCCACCAAAAGUUAUUUUGAAGCCAAGACUAAAGCGGAGUAAACGACAGCUUCUUCGAUUUCCACGUAAUGUAGAGGAGGAAACCAAAUACAUCGAGCUGAUGAUCGUGAAUGAUCAUAUCAUGUUUAAAAAGCAUCGGCUCUCCGUUGUACAUACAAAUACUUAUGCAAAGUCUGUGGUGAACAUGGCGGAUAUGAUCUAUAAAGACCAACUUAAGACGAGGAUAGUACUGGUUGCCAUGGAAACCUGGGCUGCUGACAACAAGUUUGCCAUCUCUGAGAACCCACUGAUCACCCUGCGUGAGUUUAUGAAGUACAGGAGGGAUUUUAUCAAAGAGAAGAGUGAUGCAGUUCAUCUUUUCUCGGGAAGUCAAUUUGAGAGUAGCCGGAGCGGCGCAGCUUAUAUUGGUGGGAUUUGCUCGCUGCUGAGAGGAGGAGGCGUGAAUGAAUUUGGAAAGACUGAUCUGAUGGCAGUCACGCUUGCUCAGUCCUUAGCCCACAACAUUGGUAUAAUCUCAGACAGGAGAAAAUUAGCAAGUGGAGAGUGUAAAUGUGAGGACACGUGGUCGGGCUGUGUAAUGGGAGACACCGGCUAUUAUCUCCCUAAAAAGUUCACUCAAUGCAAUAUUGAGGAGUAUCAUGACUUCCUGAAUAGUGGUGGUGGUGCCUGCCUGUUCAACAAACCUUCGAAGCUUCUCGAUCCUCCUGAGUGUGGAAAUGGCUUCAUUGAAACUGGAGAGGAGUGUGAUUGUGGCACCACUGCAGAAUGUGCCCUUGAAGGAGCAGAGUGUUGUAAGAAAUGCACCUUGACUCAGGACUCUCAAUGCAGUGAUGGCCUUUGUUGCAAAAAGUGCAAGUUUCAGCCUCUGGGGACUGUGUGCCGAGAAGCAGUCAAUGAUUGUGAUAUUCGUGAAAUAUGUUCAGGAAAUUCAAGCCAGUGUGCUCCCAAUGUACAUAAAAUGGACGGAUAUCCCUGUGAUGGUACUCAGGGAAUUUGCUUUGGAGGAAGGUGUAAAACCAGAGAUAGACAAUGCAAAUACAUCUGGGGGCAAAAGGUCACGGCAUCUGACAAGUACUGCUAUGAGAAGCUGAACAUCGAGGGGACCGAGAAGGGUAACUGUGGAAAAGAUAAAGACACCUGGAUACAGUGCAACAAACGGGAUGUGCUGUGUGGUUACCUUUUAUGCACCAAUAUUGGCAAUAUCCCAAGGCUUGGAGAACUCGAUGGUGAAAUCACAUCUACAUUAGUUGUGCAGCAAGGAAGAACAUUAAACUGCAGUGGUGGUCAUGUUAAGCUUGAGGAAGAUGUUGAUCUUGGCUACGUGGAGGAUGGGACGCCCUGUGGUCCUCAGAUGAUGUGCUUGGAACACAGGUGUCUUUCUGUGGCUUCCUUCAACUUCAGCACUUGCCUGAGCAGUAAAGCAGGCACCGUUUGUUCAGGAAAUGGAGUUUGCAGUAAUGAACUCAAAUGCGUGUGCAACAAGCGCUGGACGGGUGCCGACUGCAGCACCCACUUUCCUCACAGUGAUGAUGCAAAGACUGGCAUCACCCUCUCUGGCAAUGGUGUUGCUGGCACCAAUAUCAUAAUAGGAAUAAUUGCUGGCACCAUUUUAGUGCUGGCCCUCAUAAUAGGAAUAACUGCCUGGGGUUAUAAAAAUUAUCGCGAACAGAGACAGUUACCGCAGGGAGAUUAUGUAAAAAAGCCUGGAGAUGGCGACUCUUUUUAUAGCGACAUUCCUCCUGGAGUCAGCACAAACUCAGCAUCUAGUUCUAAGAAGAGGUCAAAUGGACUCUCUCAUUCCUGGAGUGAAAGGAUUCCAGACACAAAACAUAUUUCAGACAUCUGUGAAAAUGGGAGACCUCGAAGUAACUCUUGGCAAGGUAACCUGGGAGGCAACAAAAAGAAAACCAGAGGCAAAAGAUUUAGACCUAGAUCUAAUUCAACUGAGAGGGAGCCCCAAGCUCCUGAGCCUGGGCACUCCCUCGCCCAGACAAUCCCAUCCCAAGCCAUAAGCCCAGGGGGCUCUGACAGCCCCCAGACAGGGAAUCUGGAUCACAGGUAUUUAAACCCAUGGUUCAAAAGAGACUGUAAUGUAGCUAAGUGGGUAGAAGACGUGAAUAGAAACACUGAAGGACCGUACUUUAGCUCCCAAGAUGGCCAACAUCAAGAAGACAGGACCCUGUCUCCUGCCAAGUCUCCUUCUUCAUCAACUGGAUCUAUUGCCUCCAGCAGAAAAUACCCAUAUCCGAUGCCUCCACUUCCUGAUGAGGAGAAGACAGUGAACCGGCAGAGUGCCAGGCUAUGGGAGACAUCCAUUUAAGAACAACUGUUUACAUGUGCCACAUUGAAACUGUUUACUUCAACUUUUAUAGAAACCCAGCCACCCAGAAUCACUGCAACUCUCUCUGCUCUUCAGACAAUUUGAAGGCCCUCUGAGAUACCAGAGGCAAGGAAGCCACGGGUCAUACCUGGAUACCAUUUUCUUUUGUUGUCAUUGGCUUAAGGGUUAACCAAACAGUAAAAAGAAUUACUGGAAUGUUACACUACAACAUGGAACCAUUUAUGGUCUGCUAUUGGUAUGUUCAUGGAUAAUCUGCAUGACAGAUAUAUGUAGAAUAUCAAUAAAAUUAACUCACAUGACCCAAAUGUAGCAGGUUUUCCUGAGGCACAGAAGUGGAUUCAGAACUGGGCAUUCUGAAACACAUCCUCAUUGCAAACAGUAAUGCCAUAUGCAUGAAGCUUCUGUUUAUUGUUUUCCAUAUACAAGGAAACAACAUCCCAUAAUAGAAACUAGCAUGCAGGGCUAAGGCAUAUAGGAUUUUCUGCAGGCAGCAGGGCUGUAAAGCUUUGAGAGGCCAAUACCCAUAUGCUAACUCUAAACAUGUAUUUUUAUUUUUUUUUUUACUUUUCAUAUUUAUAUUAGCAUACAAGGACAACUGUACAUAUGUAAACAUUUUUAAAAUUUAAAAAGUAACUGUUACACAUAAGUGUAUUUUGCCAAAUGCCUACAAACAGUCAGUCACAGUUCUAUCAUUGUCCUUCACCUGUGGUCUUCAGAGUGUAAAUGAGUGCUGUCGUAAAUAUAGUGGUCAAUGCUGUAAGAGUAUCUUUCUGUAGCUGUGAUUUCCCUUUAAAGUGUGUACAAUCUGGAGGAGGUUUUAUUGAGUAGGAGAUCAAAAUGCUCAUACAAACGUCUGGCCUCUGCAUCUUGCCGAAGGUGGAAUCUGGAUGUGUGGUCGUCAGGCAGCCUCAGGACACACAGGAGCCGACAGGCUCUCUGGGAAUCUGCCAGCCUGUCUAUUCCACAUCUGGGACACAUGGUUCCUGUCACAGUAGCACUCAGUACCAGGGCACAUCAGCUGAUCUUACCCGGAGGCUGAGGAGUGCCCUCCCCUCCAGAAAGUGUCUUGCUGAGAGAUGGGUCGAUGCACCAAAGACGCAGGGUAGCUCUCACCUGGCCAAUACCUGAGCCCUUUCUGGCCUGAAAUUUGGGUUCCUUAACAGAAGCCUUUCAGUCAUUCUUGUCUGUGAAAGGAGUGAUCUGUUUUCACAACUUUAAUGCAUUUAUCAUCACUGGGAUGUAAGUGCCAGCAGAUCAUUCUGGCUGACUUUGAACAAGAUGGCGGAUAGAAGACUCAGCAGGGCACAAAGAUGAAGAAAAUCUAAGCCUCCAUAGCGGCAGUGACUGCAAAGGGAACUAUUAGCUUUCAGGGGAAGGAGCCAGGGGUUUUGAGCCCUAUACAUUUUGAUCUAUUAAAAAAUGAGUAUUCUCUGUGAAAUCUUGUCAUUUAAAAUGAAAACCUAAAAGCUCUUCCAAUGCAAUUUUAUCACUCAACAAGAAAGCCACUCUAGUGGGAUGUGAAAUUGAUAAGCUCAAUCAUGUGGUCUGCUGUGGAAUAUACUUCCUCCCACACCCUGCUGCCCACUUUUCCUUGCUGUUUUAUGUGAGGAAUGGAAUCAUCAGACAAGACCUCAAAAAUGUACUCUACAUUUGAUUUCUUCCACAAGUGUCCAGGGACACCAUUUGUUUGAGCUCUGUGUAGAACUGUGUUAAGUGCCCAAACUGAAGGGCCAGAUAGAAGGCAGUGGCAAGCUCAGUUUAUGUCUUGUAAUGGUCCACUCUUUGAAACACUUUGAAGAUGUUAGAAAACCAAUUUAAUAAGACCAAUUAGACAGUGAAUACAGCGUUUAUAGUGACAGGAAAGGAUAGAGUUUGCUGAUGACGCCAUAAACAGUCUCAGACAAAGGCAUGGAUGAGUGGAGCAGAGUCUCCACACAGCUUCAGGCAAUGAUGGAAUGGCAGAUGGGUGACAGAUGGACUGAAGUGACUUUUGGACAAGAUCACUUUACAUGUGCACUGAAUGUUUUCUGGUAUUGAGUAUAUACAAGGCUAAUGUAAUAUAAGGUUUAUUUUGACUACAAGAAAAGAGUUUAUAGCUUUGAAUGAAAGGUGCCUCAUGUAAAUAUGCUUUGUAGUUAUAGUUCUGUAAGCCCUGAAUUCACAAGUGGCUAGCUAGUGAACUGGUUAGCUGUCUCCCUGCCUGCCUUUCCUCAUCCAUUAUUUUUACCUGAAGUUAUUAUUGAAAAUUAAAAUCAUUAUCACGUGCCUUUUGAGAGAGAUGGUGGCUCUUGCUUAUAAUCAUCCACAUAUGAAACUGGAUGAAGAUGUUUUGCUCACCUUGCAGAGUGAUUUUAGAAAUAUAGUAGCUGUGAUGUUCUAGUCUGAGUCUCUUAUCUCCCGUGUUUAAGCAUUCUUAGAAUUGUUUUGGGGAUUAACAAACUUUAGUGUUGACGGUUGGUUUCAAGACGUACGUAUCACAGACUUGCCAAUAUUGGCGUUUCAGAUCAUUCCAUCUAACAUAGUGUCACGUCAUUCGCUGAGGUAGACUGUAUAGACUCAAGGGAUCGAGUAAAGCACAGUGAUUAUUUCUUUUUUUUUAAUGCCUGUUUUGAAGAGGAACUUUGAAGCUCUAUAGUGGUUCCAGUCAUGCAACUAAUAUUCAUACUUCCCAGUCUACUGUCAUAUCAUCACUAUGCAGAGAAAGGCAGUAAUGUGGCAUUGGAUGCCCUUUCUCUUUCUAUACUCUUGGCAUCAGUAGGACUGCAGGUAGCCCAACUGCCUGAGAUGUUCCAUUUGGCAGUUCAUUUCCAUCCCCAUGUAAAGGAAUGUUUAAGUCUUUCCCCUGUGUACAGGGGAGGCGGCAGUAACAGAGAAUCCUUAAGGACCAGACCAGCCAGACUAACUCUUCCCAGCCACUUUCCUUUGAUGGGAAACCCUCUCCAGAGUCAGCAAGAUAGAGAAUGACCUCAGUCACGUGCAGUCUGCAGAAAGGAAGAGAUGGGUGCUGCUUAGAUGGUGCAUCGUGGCAGUUCUCAGUGGCUAAAUCCGAACAAAGCCACAUACACCAGCCCUACUAAGAUACUAAAUGAAGAAUAACCCAUCUGUAGGUUUUUUAACAGAAACACGGCCCGGGGUUGAGAUGCCUUUGGAGCAGUGUAAGCUGGGCGCUUUAUUUCAUUAUACAGUGUCUUUCCCUUGUUUUACAAGGCUUUUAAGAUAGUGUUUGCACAGAAGGUCAGUCCAGCAUAGAAUGAAAGACUGAUGGCAUGUCUAAAAGAAGCCACAGAGAUGAUAAAAUUAAAUAUUCUCUGCCUUCCUACAAUGUGGGUGGGAGGCUGCUGUGUGUGCUGGGACAGAUCCACAUUGCUCAUUCACCUGCAUAGCUGCAUGACUUCAUCCUGCCUGUUGGCCUACCCUAUGCCUUCUGUAGUGACUUCACCUGUUGCCCUCUGUGAUUUUGUUUUCAUGGUUACCUUUGAGCCAGGGAAAGUGUUCCUUCUACUUCUUUCUUUCAGGAUUUCAGAGUCGUGUGUUCAUUUAUUCAUUUCACCCUGUGAUUUUCUGUUGUCCUAUAGUUCUAUUUUGAUAUAAUAAUUCCCUAUCUGAAGGUAAGAGUAUCUUUACCUUACGUACAUGUAAAGGGAGAGAAAGCUGUUUGUCAGUUUGCAGUCUACAGGACGCGAUCUGAGAAAGUUUGGAACUGAAGGGAAUAAGGGAAAGACAAGACUCCUGUCUGCACAGCCAGACGGCAGCACCCUCACCUGUGCCCAGCACCGUCACCUGUGCCCAGCACCCUCACCUGUGCCCAGCAUCCUCACCUGUGCCCAGCACCUCCUCCCUCAAAUGCAGUCAAGACGAAUGUCAUUCCUACCCUACCAGCUUUUCAGCUGCCGUUUCUGGGGAAGAGGCCUUAAUUGGGGGCUUGGGUGCUCACUGUCCUACUCAGAUUUCAGAUGCAGGGUGUCUUCUCUGGGUGCCAGAGAACUAGGGACUGGGGAGAACAACUUCUCCUUUGUUGUGUUGUGAAGAGUUCACUGGGCAGUUGUGAAAAUUGGCUGUGGCAGCAGCCCAUCUGUCUGUGUGAGCAGCAUGCUGUUAAAAUGUCCCUGCUGCUUGCUGUUGGCACUUGCUGUCAGCAUAUGCUCUGUGGGGCAGGCACUUUCAGCUCUGAGAGUUUUCCUACCACCCCUGCAGGUGCAAAACAAAAUUGCCCCCAGGCUUGGAAAGCAGAAGGUAGUAUUUCCAUUCCGUUUUGGUCAUGGGUUGGUCAGUCCUCCACAUGGAGCAGCUAAAGUCAGUAAGCAAAAACUCAAAACUUAAAAGACCCGUUUCUGUUGCACUUGUGUCCUUCCCAUCCACGGCCUUAGGAAACAGUAUCUUUACCAUGGGACUUGAUGGCUGCUUCUGGAGUCUUCCUACUCUAAACUAGCACCCCGUUCUGUGUCUGUGCAGGACUUUUCCUCUUGAUUGGAAAUGUCCCCUCGCAUGCAGGCCAGUGCCUUCUUUGGCUAAAAACGGAAAUUGGGAGAACCACAGGAAUACAGACUAGGGGAGAUUAUCUUUAAUUUGCUUUUCACAUGCUGGUUUAAUUGUGCACCCUAGAAAGUCACUAAGAAAUGGGUCUCAGGGUAUAAAUCUCAGGAAGGGAAUAGCAACAGUUUUGAGAGGUCCUGGGUCAUUUAGUCCCAGUGUAGGACCACAGUGUACAUCCACGUGAAGCAUGCAGAACUCAGGAUGGCCACUGGCCAUGCUGGAGGGAAGAGCUGGGUGCAACAGCAGACUUAGGUGCUUUGCAGUUUCCUGGAAUAUUAGUUUUCUGUGUCUCUUACUGUCCAGUGCUGCCAUGUCCCUGUUGCACUGUUCACUGACCUGUAUCCUACUGGGAGGGGCUUCGGAAAUGGUGGGAGUGUUGAUCACGGGCAGCCAUGGAGGCAAACCCAAGCAAAAUGUAUUUAUUCUGUUUCGUUUUACAAAAGGCAUACAGUGAGAUGGAGCAAUCGUAUGAAAUUCAUAUCCACAAGGCCAUCCGCUCUGUGUUUAUGAACAAAGGUUAGUCUCCCCUAAAUGUAUGAAGACACACGUAUGCAUGGUCUGCAUUCAACUUAGGACAUUUCAGGACAUGACUUGAUCUGAUGGUUGAGUUUUAAAAUAAUACAAAUAGCCCAAAUCUUUAAAUAUAGUGGUGCUAAGUUUUAUCAGAUAACACAAUGCAGAAAGUGCUGAACUGAAUUCAGACACUUAGGAGUAACACAAGGGUUCCUGUUAAAUUAUACACUUGUAUCACUGCCUGAUUUGAAACCCCACUUUUCCUUUCUAAUCCAGCACAAUUUCAAACUGUGAUUCUAUAGUUCCUCUUUUUAAUGAGUACAAAUAACUCAACACCUUUUUUUUUUUAAUGGAAAACUUUUUUUUAACACUAACUACAAAGUGCUUAGCCAAAGGUUCCUUCAGGAUACAGAGCAUUUUUGUUUUAACUUGGAAGACUUGCCCCUCCAAACUAGCAUUUCCAAAUGACAGUUUCACACCUAAGCAGAGCAGUUCAUGUUAGUGGCAUUAGGUCUCUGUCAGUGCUGCCUGCAUUCAUAGCCUGUGAGGGUGACACCCAUCUACAGGUAAUAGAGACUACCCCAUGAGGACGUGUUAAUAGCACCAGUGUGGUUCACUUGGAGUAACCAGGUACUCAUGUGUAUAUACUUAGAUUCACAGCAUUCAAACCUCCUCUCUGCCUCUCCGCUCACCUUCAGGCUCUUAGGCUUUUUUAAACUCCUGGGUUUGGGCAAGCACCAACUGAAAUGUAAAUGGUGAUUGCCUUCCUGAGCAGGCGUGGUUUGUUUUUGGCCGUUCAAGUUGUAAAGUUGUUCUCAUAUUGUAGGUAAACAAAGUCUUGCUGUUUUUAAAGGUCACUGUAACUUGAGGUUUAACUUUCUGGCACAAUUUUAUUAGUGUUCACUUCUGAAGCUAAUAAGAUAACAGAGUUUUCUAUGUUACUCUCAUUGUAACAUCAAUAAAGUGACUUUCAAUAAAAGAUUUGUGUUCUUUUGA